UUGGAGCCCGGAGCUGAGCCUCUUCCCCGGAUCUCAUCCCAGCCUGGUUUUCCAGGUGUGGGGAAGGCACCCGAAAAAAGCCACAACUCUCACCGGGGAACGGAGGGAAGAAGGAGCCUUUAAAAGGAGAAGAACUUGGUGAAAAGUUUGGUUUGGGGGUGUGGGAAGAAAUUAUUCACUCUUGGAAAAGUUUGUGGCUCUCUUGCUGGGCUGUGGAAUUGCCGAGGAAGAUGGGGUGGCUCUAAGGCGGAAGGACCCCCCCGCAUCGCUGUAGCUGAGUGCGAAGUUGCCUGUUUUCUGUUGCUUUUCCCCCUCGGAAGAGGUGGGAUGUGUCCGGGUGGGGGUGCUCUCGGGGAGAAGAGGAACCACAAACUUUGCCUGUUGACUUUGCUCCCCUUUGGCGAGGGCUGGACCAGGACUGCUCAGAAAUGGUAAGGGGGGGUCGUUUGCAACCUGUCUCUUGAUUCCGCCGACUGCCGCUGUUCCUGGCUCUCCUUUUCCUUCACAUUGGCACCGAUUGGAUUGAAGAUUUUUUUAUUUUUAAAGCCAUGGGAUCCCUUCACUUCUCCUGCAGGAAAACCGGCUGCAGAGUUUGAGAACCGGGGACUUUGCUGGUGCACAGAGAAUGCACGAGAACAAGGCGAAGGGAGAAAGUUAUCGGUGAAUUCUGCCCCUCACCUUCACAGGACUUUCAUCCACCGCUGGAUUAUUUAAAACAAAAAUCCCCACAGCCCCACCUACACCCACAGAAUCAGAUCAUCCUGAAGCCUGGCAAUACUUUUGUUUUCAAAAGAUCCGAUUGCAACAGACUUUGCAACAAGGGGCGACUGCACACAGGAACUGCACACGCUGCCUAGCAAUGCUUGCAAAAGGGGAUCCGCUGCUCUGAAUGAAUCAGGAGUGUUUAGUUGCAUCAAGAGAAAGGGCAGCCAGAGGCUCUGGGAAUAAAUGAACCGGUUGCAUUCUUGGUAAAGCGAAGCCUUGCAGAUAAAUCGGAAGGUGGGGUGGGGAGGAGAGAGAGAAAAGAAGAAAGAAAGGACGAUAAAAUACGAUGGUGCAUUCGGAGGUGGCCGCGCUGCUGGUAGCCCUGGUCGGGGUUUGUGUCUGGACUGAUGAUACUGGGAAAGUUAUCUCGGAUCGUUAUGCUGUUUAUUGGAACAAGAGCAACCCCAGGUUCCAUCAGGGGGACUACACGGUGGAAGUGAGCAUCAACGACUACCUGGAUAUCUACUGCCCUCACUAUGAGGACCCGUUCCCGGUGGACAGGAUGGAGCGGUAUAUCCUGUACAUGGUCAAUUACGAAGGUCAUGCUUCCUGUGACCACCGGCAGAAAGGCUUCAAGCGCUGGGAGUGCAACAGGCCUGACUCCCCCAACGGGCCCCUGAAGUUCUCAGAGAAGUUCCAGCUCUUCACUCCCUUCUCUCUAGGAUUUGAGUUCAGACCUGGGCACGAGUAUUACUACAUCUCUGCUUCUCCCCCUAACAUGGUGGACAGGCCCUGCUUAAAGCUGAAGGUUUACGUUCGACCAACGAAUGACUCCCUGUACGAAUCUCCGGAGCCUAUUUUCACCAGCAAUAAUUCCUGCUGCAGCCUCAGGGUCCCGCACCUCAUCCUCGUGGUGCCGGUGUUUUGGACUGUUCUCACUUCCUAGCCCCGAGAGGAGAAAACGAAGGAAGAGGGGAGCUGUUUGGCAAGGGAAAGGAGGAGAGAGACGGACACACGCAGGAGAAGAGACGUGUUCUGUCUGCCUCCGGGGAGAAGGAACCCUCUCGAGCCAGCCUUUUGCUUUGUUUUUCAAAAAGUUUUCUCUUUCACAAUAACCUUUGAACUGCAACUCCUGAGCCGGGAGUUGGGGUUGGGCAGGGGACACGAGGAAGGAUUUUUUCCCUAUCCCGGCCUUACUCCCAGCUUAGAGCAUUUCUGUUCCUGGCGUGGAUUCGCUUGGAAGAAGCCUGCAAAAUUUCUACCGAUGUACAAAAUAUAACACCCCUGCCCCGCGCCUCGGCAGUCUGGUUUGGAGGUGGGGGCGGAGAAUGACAAAAUAACAGUGGAAAAGAGCAGCGUGGGAUUGGCGCUGCUUUCCUGCUUCCGGGACGGCGCCCUUUUCAUGGUGCUGGGCUCAGCUCGCUUUGACCCUCCUUGUAGGAUUUUGUUUUUGAAAUUUCUAGACCAAAUAUUAGAAUCCUUUUAUUAUUAUAUUUUUGUGUGCUUUUCUUGCACUCCUUGAGACUUAGCCACAAAACGAGACCCCCUCUCCCCCGUCCGUGGUUCAGAAAUCUCCGUGAGCAGCAUUCCCCUUCCAAGCCGUCAAGGGAAUGCAGGAUCAGGGGUUAGCUUGGGCUUUCCUUCCUGGGUUUUCCACGACGCUCAGGCCGAUUCAGUCCCAGGCUCCAAGCAGGGGAGUUGGUGGCUAGCGAACAAACAAGGUGCCCGGACUCUGGGACGUGCCGGAUCCGGGCCGAGAAUGACAGUGCUCACAGCUGUUUCCCAAACUAGCCCAGAUGUUUGCCAUUGCUGGUACCACUGGACUCAGCACCACCUGGGCAGAGCGGUGCUAACACCUUAAUGCUCCUUUCAGGGCCUGUGUUUUGGAGGCAGGGGGCCAGAUGGAAACAGGCCAUCAGAGGCUUUUUGGAGGAGCACUGACCUGGCUUGGUUGUCAGAACCGUGUGGGACGACUGUACUAUUUUCAUGGAUAUGUGGGUGGUUUCUUUGGGCGGGGGGAGGGUUGGUUUUCUUGGGGAAGGGAUGGGCAGGUAUACAAAUAAGCCAGCCAAAUGUAAUUGACCCUGCAAUUGACGUCCUUGGAGAAGCCAGGAGCAACGCCUGAGGAAGGGUUCCUGGGCCCAGCGAAGGCACUGGGAGAAUGUGUGGGGAGAGGCCUUUGCCACUGAGGUCACCACGAGCAGGAUCAAAAAUCUAGUUUGGGAAAGUUGAGCAGGAAGGCUGGAGGGGAAGGGGGUUCAAUGUCAGGAAUGUCACUGCUCUGCUGGCACGUGACAGCCGAGCAAUUAGUGUAGGGGCCGGGGCUGGACUUUAGAAGGGGCUCUGGCUGGUUACCACCUCCCCAUGGAGCAAAGGGGACUUAAGUGGGCAGGGGAUGCAGAGGGAGCCUAGGUCCUUCGGAGGGCAGCUGGGUUGAACUCCCUCCUGGGCAGAGCCCUUCCAUGGACCACGCGAGCCACUAAACUAGGCUGCGCGCAGGUGAAAUUCACCCUCUUGGGUUCCCAAAGCUAAAAAUUCCGCCAGUUGAAAUCAGCAUCGCUCCACGGACUUACAUCCGUUUACGCCAGCUGAGGAUCCGGCCCCAAAUCUUUGCCUAGCACCUUUCUCCUCUCUCAUAGCCAACCCCGUCCUUUUUUAAUUAGCUCCCAGCGCUGACAGCAACCUUCCCCUCCUUACUUCCCCCAAGUCCCUUCGAGAAAGCAGUGCCCCUGCCUACGUAACCCUGCUGAUCCCAGCACAGAUCCGCGUCGCCAGCCCUGCCAUUCCAAUUCCCUCUCCUGUGGCCACUGCUUCCAGACACGUGGAGCAGAGCAGCCCCGUCUGUCUUGUCGUUACCACCGCCCCGUGCAGCUCAGUGAUCUCCGGCUGUAUUACAGAUGCAAGCGAGCUCCUAAUCAGGCUGCGACAGCAGGAAAGAGAUUGAAACUGACCUGAGGGGGUGGAUAUCUAUGAAGUUUUCCCUGGGCAUCCUUCCUUCCCUUUAUGAGUCUCCUUCGAUCCUGCACAUCCCGAUGGCUUGUUCGCCCAUUGCGCUGUUCCUGGCUUGGAGUCACUGUUGGCUUGGCUUUCUUUGCGUCCUUCUCCACUUUAAAAUAAAGCCGCCGAUUGGCCCCACACUUCGGAAUUCAGAUGAUUAAACGGGGCCCGUUUUGCGAAAUUCAGAUC